AUAAAGAAUAAUUUUUACAAAUACUAAAUUGAUUUGAAAAUCGAAAAAUUUUAAUUAAAUAAAUGCAAGUAUUGCUAUGUGAAUAUCAGGCGACGAUAAGUGCGACUAAAAAGUUAAAUACAAAACAACUGAAUCUCCAGCAUUUUCGCAAUAUUACUAAGAAAAGUGAAGUAUUACUAAGUAAUUGAAUGCAAAAGUACAGUAGCGGAAAAUGAACAUUUCUCCAGUAUUCAAUUUGCAAAAAUUUUCGAAAAGUAUAAAAGCCGAAAUUGUAUUAAAGUGUGCUUUAAUCGCAAUGUGAAUUAAUACCAAAUCAGCAACAGUUUUGAUAUGAAAUGGUAUUCAAUGCUAAAUACUAUGCGGGCAACUCAGCCGGCUUUAAGCAACUAUCACAACAACACUGUGAACAACAAUUCCACGUGCCGCAAUCAAAAUUGUGUUCAACAAAAACUCGACAUACAGGUAGUGAUCUAAAACCAUCUACUGUUGUGUGUGGGGGUGACUCCAUUACAUCAACCUCAAUUAUUGUAUCUACCGAUCCAGUGAAAUCGAGUGAUAAUCAUCAAAACCAAAACAUUAACAAUAACGGAACUAACAUUAACCAUAAACAAAAUCAAACUAUAGGCUGUACGUUUAGCUCUUUAACAGAAAAGCUUGAAACCCCGACAUUGGUGUCUAUUAAAACAAGUGUUGCAUCCAACUCAACAACAAGAACUUCGGCCACAACAUCAACACUUCCAGCGGCUAGUUCCCUGACAAAUUAUUAUGGCUUAGGUAUACCCAAGUCACCGUCAUUUCACAGCGGACUUGAUCAGUUGGCCAGCAAGAAAAACGAAUCUUACAUAAAUCGACCGCAUUUGUCAAAUGCGAAAAGUUUUAAAGACAACGUUGCCCCACACAUUGUUAGCGGCGACUUAACAAAGCAAAGGAUUAUAGUAGCGAAUAACUGUUUAACAUUUAAUAUCAAAAACAUUGAAGAAAUCAAAGCUAAAUUUCUAGUUGACGAAACCUUGGUUUCUGGAACACAUUUGGUUAAUAAUCACAAUUCUCCUACGUCAACAAUGUCACAGCAUCAACAGCGACAAAAGGCCGAAAUACAGACAACGGCGGUUGCAUCACCAUCAAUUGCAACAAGCAGCAGCGCGUUAUCAUCUAUAACAACAAAUUCUAUUGGUUCAGGUAUAGUUUCCGCUGCCGUUGCAUCUAUUUACAAUUCAAGCAACAAAUCUUCGUCGACAUAUACUUAUAAUCCCAAUACCGUAGCCUCUACAUACGCUUCCAACAGCACAUCCUCAUAUUCCUCAUCGUCAUCUGCAUGUAUAUCGAAUUCGGCCGGAACAAGCACGCCAGUUGUUGGUGGAAUGCCUGGUAGUGGCAUUGGCGGUGUUGGCGUUGGAGGGGUUGCCACCAAUAGCAUCAGCACUGCCAUUGUCACCUCAUCAACGACGGCAACGUCAUCUUCACUGGUUGCGACACUGACACAGCACUUUUCAGCUGCCACAUCGGCUACUUCACUGCUUUCAACGGCUGCCUCACCAUCAUUAACCACUAAUAAUAAGUCGCCGGUGAGUGCAGCCGCCGCAAUCAAAAAUAUUCUCAAUGCCACAAAAAAUGUUGGAAACUCGGCUGCUUCUGUGGCGAUAGGACAAGCAGCAAAUUCUGCAGGAAGUGGCAGCGCAAAUGUGGCACAAAAUAUCGUUAGUGGUAUUAGUAUUUCGUUGGGAAUCGGUGGGUCAGCGAACAAUAACGCCGGUAAAAAUGGGCUUUCAUUGUGCAGUGGAAAUGGUACGUCUUUAGCAGCAAAAUUAAAUAAUACCAAUGCCUCCCACUUUCAAAAUGGCGACGAAGCGAAUAAUGCCAUGAACAUUGGUCUUGGUAACAGUACUUGUAACGGCGGAAUUGACGGCGUUGAUAAUGAUAACUGCAGCAAGGACAACACAAAUGGCAGCGGAAUUCUAUCGCCACAAACUUUGCAACAAAUCACUGGAAGUCCUGGACGCGCUAGAGACCGCAAUCUAUUCCAUUCACCAUCCACAACAUUGACGGCCACACCUCUGCCGCUCCUACGAGAAACGCCCGCAAAUGAACGUGAACAACUUUUGAUUCAAAAGUUAAGGCAAUGUUGCACACUCUUCGAUUUUUCCGAGCCCUUAAGCGAUCUAAAAUGGAAGGAAGUAAAGCGCGCUGCUCUGCACGAAAUGGUCGAGUAUCUCUCUAACCAGAAUGGUGUGAUCACGGAAGCAAUUUAUCCGGAGGCAAUAAAUAUGUUUGCGGUAAAUUUAUUUCGCACAUUACCUCCUUCAUCGAAUCCCAACGGCGCUGAGUUCGAUCCGGAAGAAGAUGAACCUACGUUAGAAUCAUCGUGGCCCCAUUUACAAUUUGUCUACGAACUAUUUUUGCGUUUCCUCGAAUCACCAGAUUUUCAGCCAAACAUCGCUAAGCGUUAUAUUGAUCACCAAUUUGUGUUGCAGUUGUUGGACCUUUUUGAUUCGGAGGAUCCACGUGAACGUGAUUUCCUUAAGACUGUACUGCAUCGGAUCUAUGGAAAGUUUUUGGGUUUAAGAGCAUUUAUACGCAAACAAAUCAAUAACGUAUUCUAUCGCUUUAUUUAUGAGACCGAGCAUCACAAUGGCAUUGCUGAACUUUUAGAAAUUCUCGGUAGUAUUAUAAAUGGUUUCGCAUUACCACUAAAAGAGGAGCACAAACAAUUUUUGCUGAAAGUUUUAUUACCAUUGCACAAGGCGAAAAGCCUAUCUGUUUACCAUCCGCAAUUGACAUAUUGCGUUGUGCAGUUCUUGGAGAAAGAUCCAAGUUUAUCGGAGCCAGUAAUAAGGAGCCUUUUGAAGUUCUGGCCCAAAACACAUAGUCCUAAGGAAGUAAUGUUUUUAAAUGAACUGGAGGAGCUGCUUGAUGUGAUCGAACCGGCUGAAUUUCAAAAAGUUAUGGAGCCGUUAUUUCGACAAAUUGCCAAAUGUGUAUCGUCGCCACAUUUUCAGGUGGCUGAACGAGCGCUUUAUUACUGGAAUAACGAGUAUAUAAUGUCGCUGAUAGCAGACAAUUCGCAGGUCAUUUUGCCGAUAAUGUUCCCGGCUUUAAAUCGUAAUUCAAAAACGCAUUGGAAUAAAACUAUACAUGGACUGAUUUAUAAUGCACUAAAAUUGUUCAUGGAGAUGAAUCAGCGCCUUUUCGACGAGUGUAGUCGAAACUAUCGCCAGGAGAAGCAACUGGAACGCGAAAAGAUGUCACAACGUGAAGAGCUUUGGAUGCAAGUAGAGUCUUUAGCCAAAAGCAAUCCUGAAUGGCCUAAAAUGUGUGGCCAAAUGGAUAAUUUAAGUAUUUCAAGUAGUCAAAAUGAGUUUGAAGAGAAUGAGAAUUGUGAUCUAACUUAUGACAAAUUGGAACAAGAAAGCAGACAACCGCAGAUACAACAACAAACAGCACAGGAAACUAGAGAGAUACGAGGGGAACGCAAUAAAGACAAGCCGUUAUUGCGUCGAAAGUCGGAUUUACCAGCUGAUAGUGGCACAAUUCGUGCCCUAUUCGAACAUAAGCGGACGGACGAUUUCUUGAAGACUCCUCCAGAUGUGAACAAAUAUUAAAGGAAUUUAUACAAGUGAACCCAAUACAAGAAAAAACAUAGAUAUCUAUUGCAGUAUAUAACUUCAUACUUAAAGUAGAUAUACUAUAAAUUAAUUCAUUGAAAAAUGAAAAUAUUAUGAAUAUAGUAAGCAUAAGCAUUACUUAUCUAAUAUACAUAUGCAUAACAUACAAAAAUAUAUACUAGAUUAUAAAGAUAUAGCAGUCCGAGUUUCAGAGAUAACAAAACGUUUUGUAUUCGAAACCAAAAUAUCUAUAGUGUUUAAGAAUCAAUAUGUGUUUCAUUUUAUUCGUGAAUGCAAAAAAAAAACCUACAAAGGUUGUUGAAUGAGAAGUACCAGAUAUUUCUUCUUUUGAAUCCUUUCGACUUUGUUUGCCACAUAAAACCGUUUCACAAUAAAAUGUUUAAAAUGUAUGUAAAAAAUUAUCCAUUUUCUAAUGCUAUCUAAGUCAACUGCAUGCCGCCGUAUUUAUGUAUGUAUACAUAUUUAUGCUAAUAUAUAUAACCAUAAAAUACGACAUUUUUUCUUUUUAAAUAUUACCAUUGUAAUAGAUUACGAAUCAAAUGUAAAACACACCAAAUGCUUAAUGCUGCUUAAAUAUUUGAAAAUACAGGCAUAAUACAAUCAAUAAUUAAAGUUAUAAUUUUAAACGAAUAUUUUGCUUUUGUUGUGUCCACAAUAAUUAUACUAAAAACAACUUAUAACUAAUUAGUACAUAUGAGUAACUUUAAUAUCAAAUUUGUGGAAUACAGUAAUCCAGUAUAUUUAUGGAGAUCUUGUUUUGAAUAAGAUUCACAUUAGCAAUAAUGAAUAUUUAAUUCGAAGGAUCAACAUCGAUACUGAACCGAUUUUAUGAUACAAAUUAUUAAUCAAUGUCAAAAAUAAAAUUACAAUAAAAAAAUAAAUAUAAUCCUAAUUCUAUGUUACCGUUGCUUGACUGUUAUGUACAUGUUUUGCAGUGCAUGUGCUCGUAUACUUAUAUACUGUUCUGGUAUAUAACUGUUUGAUUCAGUGCAGUUUUGUAGCCCAAGAGAUAAACUCAUAGGUUUCAUCAACCGUUAUUGAACGUGCGGAUCUUUAGUAGAUAAAUGCAAUAGAGUAUUGAAAAUAGAUAGUUGCAUGCUUAAAACCUGGUUUUGCACUGAAAGAGGGAUAGAUAUUUUAUGGGUUUGUAAUUUUUAAGAAAGAACAAAUUAUUCGUACACAAAAAGUUAUUACCAAAUAAAUUAUCCAUAUACAUACUAUGUACAUACAUAUAAACCUCAAAUGGUCCUUAAUACUGAAAACUAAUUUUUUUAUUUCUUUUCUCUUUUACAGUGAAAUGUGUUACUACUUUUAAUACACAAAUAUUUAAAUUUAAGAAAGAUUAACUAUAUCUAAUUUAUGAAUAAAAAUGAAAAUUAACGAAA